UCAAAAUCAACGGAGGAAAACCCCUCCGUAUCUAUUUUUAGAAAUAUAAACAGUAUUCGUAAACGCCAUAUUGUGACGGCAGAAGAAAUGAAGACGUUACUUGUAACCGGGCUCAGUUUUGUGUUAAGCGGUGCUGUAAUUGGAAAUGCCUACUAUCAGAAAAAACAAUUCUACCCUUCAGUUGUCUACAUCACGAAAUCAAAUCCCAGUAUGGCGAUGUUGUAUAUCCAAGCCUUUGUGUUCAUCAUUCUCAUGGGAAAAGUAAUGAGAAAAGUAUUUUUUGGGAGCCUUCGUCCAGCAGAAGUAGAGCAUCUGAUAGAAAGAUCAUGGUAUGCAGUUACAGAGACCUGCUUAGCAUUUACAGUAUUUCGUGAUGAUUUCAGUCCAAAGUUUGUAGCCCUCUUCACACUUCUGUUGUUCCUAAAAUGUUUCCACUGGUUGGCUGAGGACAGGAUUGACUAUAUGGAGAGAAGUCCUGUCAUAUCAGUAUUAUUUCACAUCCGAGCAUUAACACUGUUAGCGUUACUAGGCGUGCUGGAUCUCUACUUUAUAAACCACGCUUACUACAGUACUCUCACUAAAGGUGCCUCGGUCCAGCUGGUGUUUGGUUUCGAGUAUGCCAUCUUGAUGACUAUAAUAGCAAUGACGUUCAUGAAGUAUAUCCUGCACUCUAUAGACUUACAGAAUGAGAAUCCCUGGGACAACAAGGCUGUAUACCUGUUGUACACAGAGGUAGUCUUAGGUGCUGUAAAGGUUGUGUUAUACAUGGCAUUUAUGGUGAUCAUGAUCAAAGUCCAUACAUUCCCGCUGUUUGCCAUCAGACCUAUGUAUCUCUCCAUGAGGGGAUUCAAGAAAGCUCUACACGAUGUUAUCAUGUCAAGAAGAGCUAUCAGGAACAUGAAUACCCACUAUCCUGAUGCCACAGAGGAGGAGCUUCAGGUUGAUGAUGUCUGUAUCAUUUGUCGGGAAACCAUGGUAACGGCUGCCAAGAAGUUACCUUGUAACCACAUCUUCCAUACCAGCUGUCUGCGAUCAUGGUUCCAGAGACAACAGACUUGUCCUACAUGUAGGCGGGACGUACUGAGAACGACGCCCAUCACACCACAGGCAACGCCCCCUCCUCAACCUGCACAGCCCCAGCCUCCACAAAACAUGUUUGGUGGUCUGGCUGGUAUGCCAGGAGUCCCCCCUCAAAUGUGGCCUCAGCCCCCUGUUCCUCCCCAGCAACCAAAUCCAGCACAAAUGGGAAACAACACCCCGGUGUCACAGACCACCACCUCCACUGGUAAUGUCUCCUCCACUUUCACUCCGCCAUCUGUAUCCACAUCAACUACAGCAGCUACAGGCCUGCCCGCUGGAAUGGGCAGUCUGCCAACAGGUGUGCCUCCUAUGAUGCCCAUGUUCCCUCUCAUGAUGCCUUUUGGCAUGCCCCGUCCUCCUGCCAACCUGUCUGAGCUCUCAGCGGAGGACCUCAGGAGGAUAGAGGGACAAGAGAGAGAGAAUGUGGAGGCCAGGAUUCAGUGGCUGAGGGAUAUUCAGGCAUUAAUGGAUGGAGCUAUGGUGAUGAUCAGUCAAUACAACACAGUGGCAGCACAGCUGAGCACUCCUGUGAUAAAUACUAAUAAUUCACCCACAAAUACUAGUCAGGAAGCAAAGCCAAAGACUGAGAGCACGGAGGCCAAAGCAGAGAUAAAAACGGAGCCAUCAGAGUCAGACCUUAAUUAUGAUGGGCUAGAGGGAGCCACAGGAUACACGCCCCCUAAAGAGGAAGAGAUCCCACAGUGGGAGGACCCCUCCAAAGAGGAACAUGAAGAUGAAAUGCACGAGGUCCGACGACGGAGGCUGCAGAAGUUUGCCCAAGAACAGAAUCAGACAUCAGACUCAACCAGCUAACAUUGUGAUAGUGCCCUGUAAAUAUCAAUAGUGCCUCCCACUCAUCUCCAAAGUUUAUCACAACUAAAUGGGUUAUCUUUCUUUCGUAAAUGUUGGAGAGAAAAGAUGUAGGAUUUUUACUAAGUUAUCUCCCUCUGAAUUUAUGAUUAGUCUGCAUUGGAGUGGCUUUUUUACUUGGUUUUAUUAAGAAUGCAGCACAAGCUUAUCCACAAAUCCAUAUCAGAGUAUGGACAGUUUGUAAUGUUGUAUUUUGAGGAAUUGUAGGUGUUACUGAUGGUGUCCCUCCUCAUUCACAAGGCACAUGUCAAUUUCAUAUUUAGAACUGUUUGCUGCAUUCCAAGAUCUUUGUAAUUGUGAAUAAAAACAUGCAAUCAAAAUUGGGUGUCAAGAAGACAAAUUUUAAGUCAUGUUUUUAUGUGUUUUUUCCCUUGAUUAAAUUAGAGGGUGAGUUAAAAGAACCAGAUGUAUGCAAGUGUGUGGGUGUACUUGAGUGUAGAGUAUGUGAAGUAUUGUUGUGCGUGACGACUUGUCUUUGAAGUGCAUGGAAUUGUUGAUUUGCCUGUUUUUACUCUAUUUUUUUCUGUUGUUUACCAAGGGAAAAUGUUAUGCCUCUAUGUAUAAAGUCAGAUGAAUGAAACUGAAAGUUCACUUGUAUUAAAUGUAAGUGAGGAUUGAUUGUGUUGGUGUCCAUGUUUCAAGUGAAAGAAAAAAAAAACAUUAAAAAUUAUUAUGGUAGA